AUGCCAGACUCCCAGGAACCUCCCUCGCUGGCGGCUGUGGCAAUAGGGACGGCCCUUGUAGCCGGCAUCACUGGAUAUUACCUAGGCCAGGCUCGUUCGAUCGGUCUGUUCGGCUCGUCGCUACAAACAAGCCGCCCAUCAAACAGGAACGCGACUGCAUCGGAAGUCGAGCAUGAUGACGACUCGGACAUCAGCGACGUCGACGCGGCCUCCGACAGCGAUGCACAGGACCUGGGCGAGCUGAAGAACUUCCCAGGCAGCACGGAGGAAUGCAAGCUCAUACUGGUGGUCCGCAGCGACCUUGGCAUGACUAAGGGAAAGAUUGCUGCCCAGUGCGGCCACGCGACUCUUGCCUGCUACAAGACGCUCGUCCGCGCAAAUCCAGCACACCCGAUCCUGAAGCAAUGGGAGACGCUCGGCCAGGCAAAGGUCGCGCUCAAAGUCGGGAGUGAGGACGAGAUGCUCAUGCUUCAAGCACAAGCCAUCAGUCUCGGUCUGUGUGCACAGGUCAUCCACGAUGCAGGCCGCACGCAAAUCGCUAGCGGCUCAGCGACCGUGCUAGGCAUUGGCCCGGCGCCGAAGAGCAAAGUCGACGAGGUCACCGGGCAUCUGUCGCUGUUGUAA